AUGAAGACGGACGAAGUUUGCACUCGCAGAGGAAUGUGGUGCGCGAGUGAAAUGAAGAGACAGAGAAACGAACACGAUGAAGUUACCGUUACCCUAAGAGCCCUUGACAUGUUCUGUAAGCAACUUCAACUGCAUUUGUCUCAUAACAUCGAUGAAAAUACCGUUACCCUUGCUAUCAAGGCCUGUCAAGGGGACCCCAAACCUGGAUGCCAAAUUCACGGGUUUGCAGUUUCUUCUGGGUUUGCUUCGUAUACUACGGUUUCAAAUUCUUUGAUGAGCGUGUACACCAAAACUGGCCAGUUUGAUGUGACUUGUACUACGAUUCUUGCUUUUUGUGCGGAUCAUGAAGAUUUUCUAUUUGGAUUACAACUGCAUUCAAUUGGUGCUCUUAUUGAUAUGUAUGCAAAGCAAGGAAGCAUUUGUGUUUCCAAAAGAGUUUUCAGUGAGACGCCUCAUAAAAGUCAGUUUGCUUGGACUGCAAUAAUAUCUGCAUAUGUUGGGCAUGGAGACUAUGACUCAGUGACAGAAUUGUUCAAGGAGAUGGAGAGAGAAGGGCAGCAUGCAGCAGAAAUGGAAUGGUGGAGAUGGGCCGUCACCUCUUUCAUUCAAUGGGAAAUUGGAGGAAGCAGAGGAAUUGAUGAGUCAGAUCCCGGGACAGCCAGGGUUUUCGUUGUUGCGGCGGAGAGAGUAGCUGAUAUUUUAGAUUUUUGCUUGUACCUUGUCACUCAAACAACGGAUAAGGAGUAUAAUGGAAGGCAACCGUCGGAUGGGAAUGAUAGAUUAGUGUCACUGGUUAUCAUUGAUUCUUCAACAUGCUCAAUAGCUGAUUUUGCUUGUGAAGUGGAAAUUACCAAGUGUGAACCACUUCUAGAUGGACGUACCGUAUGGGUACAUGACAUACAUCCACUAGAAGGGUCUAGAGAGAGAGCAAACUUGCAGGAAUUGACAAAUAAUGCAGCAGAGUAUGCUCGAUUACGGAUAGGGCGGGUAAAAGAGCAGCACGUCAAGAUUUCAUCUUUAGGAAGCUUCUACUUGGAACAUUUGGGGAGGAUCUUUAUCUCUAGAUCAACAUAUCUUAUUUACUUGUGA